AUGCCUGCCUUCCUCACAUCAAUGCAAAAUGAAAUUGACAGACUCCUUAAAGAUGCAAAGGAAGAGGUCACAAAACAGUAUACUAUAAUAUCAAGAAUGUUCACGUUACUAACUCCAUCAAACAGACCAAACUCUAUAAUCUUUGUUAAGUGAUUGUUCUGAUGAAGCUGUUUUAGACCAUGAAGAUCCACAUUCUGAAUAAUGUAAUAAUUAUUAUGUUCUCUUUACAUUUAAUUACAGGAAAACUUGCAGAUGAGCAGAUUGAAUUGGCAGGCUUUGAUCAAUCCGAUGGACCACUAACAAAGCAUUUGGACGUGGUCCUGAAGGAAAUGAAUGUUGAGCGACAGGCCUACCAUGGAAAAUCAUUCAUUGCUAACCACGUGCACACCUGUUGCAAGGUAACAUACACUCAAACUUAAAUAAGACAUGAAAACUACAAAGAGGCAAACACACGAACUGCCAUUAAUGAUACAAUUUGUUGCUGUCUUUUUCUUUAGGCAACCAAUAUCAAUAAAUUACGCAGUGCUGUAGUGGCAAUAACAGAAGAGCUGUGUCCUUCCUUGCUUUCUAAGGCAAGAGAAAUUAGUGUCAAGUUUGAACAAGCCUUCAAAUUAUUUGCUGCUUGCCUUUUUGUCUAUGAUAGUGCAGAAUACCUCGAUGAAGAGAAGGUCGACCAGCUAGGUAGGUGAAAUAACAAACUGAGUUUUUUUGUAACACAGACAAUAAAAAUGUUCUGUAUCUGGUCAGUAAGUUAAGUCUCAUUCACCUUUUCUAGAUGCAGACAGCAAAAAGCUCCUGCAGUUUACCAGAGAAAACCUCCAAGGCGUAGCAAUCACACCAAAGCUUCACAUGCUCAAAGACCAUGUGUGCCCGUUUCUAAGACAAUGGCACAUGGGCCUUGAAUUCUACGGUGAACAAGGGAUCAAAGGAAUCCAUUCCGAGUUCAACACACACUCACAGCAUUUUAAUCACGUCAAGAAGGAGGAUGUGAGAUUGCGGCAGAUACUAGUUAAUCAUCAUAUUGCCAUGAGCCCAUCACUCACACGAAAAGCUCCAAAGCCUAAAGAAAGGAAUUUAAAGCGAAAAGCAAACGAAUAA